GGACUAUGUUGAGUAACAAGUUCAGGGGCAAAAAAAAGCCCGGCGAGCUCCGCGCCUCUUUUGGUUGGAAUUGUGAUUUACCUUCCUACACGUGCCUUACCUCGAGCCGGGUACCGCGUUCGGAGGAGGCUCAAACUCCUGUGCAUCGUUGUUUCUGCGCGACAUCCAGCUGUUCCUUUCAGCCUCACAAACGCAAGCAAGAGCAAAUGACUUCCACCGAAGGUUAUGUUUACUCGUCACCAGAGUUUUUUAGCAUUAAUAUUUCCGUUUUUGGGAAACGCUGACGGUCCUGGGAUCGACGAAGAGAGACUUAUUCUCAAGUGGUUUAAGGGCUGUCCAACCGCAAUUCUCAGCUCCAGCCGCAAGCUUACUCUCACUUCAGUUUACCUUUCAUUCAGUCCCCGAGAUAAAUUGCCCAAGACGGCCACAGCAUUCGCUAGUCAGCUGCAGUGCUCCGUCAUACCGGGCUUCAUUGAGACUUGGGGAUAUGUAUCAUCCAGACGCAAGAAGUCUAACUGGGUAUCGUUGAACAAACCUACUCCGGUUGAGCACAGCUUUUCAGCAAAGUGAAGGCUGUAGCAUAUUGGAUUGCCACCGGUUUCCCAACCUUUACUAACGUUAGUGAGUUGAUACACCAUUUAUUAACCUGAAUCGAGUACCACCGCAGCGAGCGAGUGUACGGG